UGAACAGUGAGCUGGCUGCAUUCUGCUCUGUCCAAUGGUAGCAAAGCUCUGUCUGAGCAGCGUAAUGCUUGUCAGUACAGGCUCAGCUGCAAAACAGACCCCGGCAGCAUCUUGUGAAAGAAGGAGUCAGUCCCAUCAGGAUGGCAUCUCUUGGCUCCUGGAAGAAUGAAUCAGCCUUGAUUCAGCAGCAAAUAGGCUUUCAAGUGCAAAAGAUCUAUCCUUUCCAUGAUGGAUGGAACACCGCUUGCUUUGUGAUCCUUGUCCUGUUUAUUCUUACAGUACUCUCGUUGGUACUGCUUGCCUUCCUAUAUGAAAUGCUGGACUGUUGCUGCUGUGCCAAGCACAAGACAGUCAAAGAUCUGGAGAAUGAACCAAAUCCUGUAAGAGCCUUAAUGAGCAGCAUGAAGAAACGAAAGACUGAAGUGGUAUAAGUAUGGUUAAGAAUUCUGCAAGGGGAAAUCAAUCAGGCAGCUCAAAUAAGAGGACAAAUUGCGAACAACUGCCAUGUUUCCUCUUACUCCUCAAGGCCAACAUAAUGUUUCUGGCCCAAGAUACACUUUACAUCCUCAGUGGUCUAUUCUGUUAUUCUAUUCUAGGUUUGUUGCAAGCUACAUUAUAUAAGAAAAUGAUACUCUGCCAAGGAAACCAUUGAAAUACUGACUUUUGAAGGUGGUGAAAUGUGUGGUACUACUAUAUAUUUUAGGUGUAACAGGAAAGAUUGGCAUAAGAAUAUUUUUACAUCACCUAUAAUUAAUAAAUAAUGGUUGGGCUAAAUGGAUAUUGUGCAAUUCUCCUGUAUACUCCUGUUGAUUGGGUCUUUGUCCAACAAGGUUUUUAUUUCAGAUCAGGCAGAAUAUAAGAAUAUUCUCAUGUCUACACCUAUUUCAAGCAGUGAUGUUUGCACAGGUGGAUGAAGAUCAAAUGGGGCCCUAGGCAAAAUAGUUAUUUGGGACUCCAUUUUUCACCAACUAACACAUGUAUUUUUGUCAUGUUGCAGUACAACUAGUAGUGCAGGAACAAGUGAAAACUGUAUCCUUCGCACUUCACAGCUGUUGUGACUGCAUUUUAUUGCAGUGAUUGUGUCUUAUAGCACUGGUGGGGCACAGUAAAACUGAUGGGUCUCUUGGCAAAAGGCUACAGAAUACUGUUUAUAUGUGUCAUUAAUGUAGUUACUAUACAUGCUGAGUUUUGCCAACAGUUGUGUUUAACAAUUUUCACAGAACUCAAAACACAUGACUUCAUAUAGAAUUGUUGUUUUAGACAGUUGACUUGCAUUCAGAUAUCUGGGCUUACUUAAAAGGGAAGUAAAGCCUUGUGACUAAGCAAGAAUUUGACCAGAAAUGCUAUAUUUAUAUACUGAAUUUACUGUACCAGCCAGAGGAUUAGCAGCCCUAUGAAAGUAGUGACCCAGGUUUAAUAGUUGCACUGCAAUCAUGAAAACAUUAGCUUAAAAGUAAGGUUACAACAUAACUGAUGCUACAGGGUUGACUAUUAAAAGACAAGGAAAUGCUGAAUCAUAGGGUGUUGACAAUAUGUUACGUACCCCUCAGAGAGCUCAAUUUCAAGUUUCUUCCAUUAACCAGUGCACCAGCUUGAAAAAAAUAUGCAACACCACGCUGCCAUCUUGCUUCCCUUUGCCAGGAGCCCCGUAAACAGACUUAGAACCGCGCAUGCACAGAGUGACACCUAAAAAUCCUACUCUACUUUGCAUGCAUGAAUGUAAUCUGACAAUAGAUGUCUGGGAAAGGUAAGCUGAGGUGGCCAUACACAGGCAGAUAAAAGCUGUGACCCAGUCCUUAAAGCAUGUGUAUGGAGCCUGCGUAACGACUAUCUUGCCGUAAAUUAUCCAGAAAUUGAUUGGACAGGUUUAAAAAUCUUUUCAGGGUUGGGCGAGUUGCUGUGUAUAUGUGUCUGCAAGGUGAUAACAUUUGUGGUUAGCAUCAGGAAACCAGCAUGCGAGCACCCUGCACCUUCUAUCUAGUAGUAAGUAUUUGGUCAAAGUCUGUAUAAGCAGGAUGAGUGGAGGGGGGCUGAUGACUAUCUGAUCGUGUUGUCAAAAGGGAAUAUAAGCUUAUGACUUGUUAAUUUUAAUCAUUCAUUCAUUCAUUUCUGUUCUUAAGUAAUCAAACACAUGUUUUAAUAAAUCUUUCUUUAGGUGAAA